AAGGUUUGAUUUGAUUACAAUUUAAGUUGAUCAUUUGUAAUCAAACUUUUUUCAUUUUUUGAUUGUACAAGUUUCUAAGUAAUUAACAACAACAACAAUCAACACUCACAAUGAACUCGUUAACUUUGAUCAGUUUAAUUGUUAUCGUCGCUUCAAUGGUUAAUUGUGAGGAAUCAUAUAGUUCCCUUUACUCAAGACGAGCUCCAAAUCAUUUAACAGGAUACCAAUCACGAAAUCUUCACGGCCAAAUUGUCCCUAAUGUCCAAGAUCAUUUCCAAGCUCAACAAAUGAGAAAUAUUCAGGCAAUUCAUCCCGCUCAAGGCCCUCAAAUCGUUCAUGUCGGUCCACCACAGCCCGUCCAUCCCGCCCCAGGUCAACCUGGUCAAGUUGAUCCUCAGAAAAUUGAUUUAAUUGUCCGUCGAUAUGCCGAUUCUGCAACACAAUUAGUUUCUCAUUGGGCUCGAGCAAUGAAGGAGCGUAUGGUUGAUCAAGCAGCUCAAGAAUCACAAUCAGCUUAAAAUUGAUCAAUUAACAAACUAACAUUAACUAAUCACCAUCAAAACACAACACACACAACAACAGCAAAUUAACCAGAUAUUAAUUGUUAACAAUUAAAACUAAUUCAACUGA